AUGGCAUCGCGCAAACGCUCCCGUUUCCUUUCACUGUUACCCGGUGUUCAUUGGACACCCACCGAUAUCUCUCCUCGGUCCACAAACCAACCUCGCUCGCCCUCUCAAUUGACAAAAACAAAUCAAAAACAAACAUCUCGCGUUUCGUGCUUUGUACGCGCCCAUGAUGCCACGACCGAUGCCUCUUCUUCCUCUACAUCCAAACCCACCCAUCACACCCCUCGCCCUCGAAAACCAACCCUCCGUCUUCCCUCCAAGCCCACCGCCCGCGCUCCCACCCCCACACAUGCCCAAGCUCAGAGCCCGUUGUUUGCAAAAUUGCCGCUGGAGCUGAGGCGGAUGGUGUACGAGGGAAGAGCAGGGAAGGAGGGAGGGGAGGGAGUGUACGUGUCGGGUCUUGGUCGGGGGAAGGAAAUGUGA